AUGCUCCUCUUUUCUUCAACUCUUCUGCUCUGCCAGUACCGUCCUGCUCUCCUCCUGUGCUCUGCUGGUCUGUUGCCUCUGUGCUCCUCUUAUCCUGCGUUGCUCUUCUUCUUCUAUGCUCCUACUCAACCCCCUAUCUCCCCACGUUCCAUGCCCAUUUUCUGCCUCGCUCUCCUCCUGUGCUCUGCUGGUCUGCUGCCUCUGUGCCCCUCUUCUUAUCCUACGUUGCUCGCCUUCUAUGCUCCUACUCAACCCCCUAUCUCCCCACGUUCCAUGCCCAUUUUCUGCCUCGCUCUCCUCCUGUGCUCUGCUGGUCUGCUGCCUCUGUGCCCCUCUUCUUAUCCUACGUUGCUCGCCUUCUAUGCUCCUACUCAACCCCCUAUCUCCCCACGUUCCAUGCCCAUCUUCCGCCUCGCUCUCCUCCUGUGCUCUGCUGGUCUGCUGCCUCUGUGCCCCUCUUCUUAUCCUACGGGUGGGAGCGGGAGGAAAGGAGAAGGUGGGGUUGGGGAGGAGGGGGGCGAAGGUGUGGAGUGGGGUGGGGUGCGGUGGCAAGGGGCGGAUCUGGUACAGGAGUGGGUUGCCAGGAUGUGGGAUGAUUGUGAAAAAAAGGAUAGGCGGGGGGAGGGAGGCAGGAGAAAUGGAGAGACAGGCAUGGAUGUUGUGUGUGGGAAGGGAGGGGCAGAGGGACGAGACAAACGGAAAGGAAAAGAAGUGGUGGCGGAAGCAGGAAUAGGGAGACGGAGAGAAGGGGUGUGUUGGCACGAGCAGCACAGGCACAGGACAGGGAGCAGACACAGCGGAUACAGGAGGAGCAGCAGUAGAAGCAGGAGAGUCACUCACUUUGGGGAUGUGGUGGGGGGGAUGAGUGGGAGAAGAGUGAGGGGGCUUUGCUUUGUGUGGCCGAGGUCUAUGGGAGAUAUGCUGGCGAGCGAGAGAGAGGCGGUGUGUGGGUUGCUGGAGGGGGCUGCGAGGGGAUGGAGAGGAGGGGAGAGCGAGGAGGGAGUGGGGGAAGGAAGCGGGGAGGGAGAGGAGGGAGAGGAGGGGUUGGGGAGGGGGAGCUGGGGGUGUGUUUGGUGUGGGAGACAGGGGUGUGAUGGGCUGAUUGGGGCUGUUGGUGAGUUAAGGAGAGUGUUGGAGAGAGUGGGGAGGGGGAAGGAAGAGAGAGUGGGGAGGGGGAAGGAAGAGAGAGUGGGGAGGGGGAAGGAAGAGAGAGCUCAGGGAUGGGGAGCAGGAGAGGGAGGGAUACGGAGGGGAGGGAGGCUGUUGAUUGGGGAGGAGGAUGAGGGCAAGGAGGAAGAGGAGGAGGAGGCGAAAGGGACAGGAGGAUGGGGGAGAGAGAGUGGGAAGGAGAAGGGGCGGGGAGUGAGAGAAGAGGAGAAGGGUGUCGGAGGAGGGGAGGGAGGGCUUGCUGUCGCCAGCAAGAGAGGGAUUUGGAACGGUAGGAAUGGAUUGCUUAAGUGCGGGGAAGGAGGGGAGGAGUGUGGGAGAGAGGAGGGACGGGAUGGGAAAGCAGCCAAGGGGAAAGGUGGUAGUGGGAGAGAUGGGGUGGCUGCUGCUGCAAGAGGUGAUGACAGGGGUUAUAGAGGGGAAAGGGGCCUUGGUGGUGAUGGUGAUGGUGGUAGUGAUGAGAGUGAUGGGGAUGACGAUGGGGCUAUUGGGUUCAUUCCCUUGAGUGAUGCAAGGCCUCAGAAGGUGAAGGCAGGGGCAAAGAAUAUGGAUGCUGGUGCUGAUGGUCGGGACGAAGGGAGUGUGGGCGUGAGCGGUGCUCCACUGAGAGGGAAAGCUGAAGAGGGAGUGAAGGAGAAAGAAGGACUGAGAGUGAACGAGUCAAGAGAGGGAGGUGCUAAGGGUCCUGAGACACCAGCAAAGCAGAGAGAGGGGGGAACUGUUGUAAAGGGGGGAGUGAAAGAGGCAGAGAGAGUGAGUGGUUUGCAGGUGAGAGUGAAAGCGGAGCCAGUAGAGGAUGUGGUGAUGGGGGGGAGAGAGGGGGAGGUGGGACGAGUGGGGGAGUUGGGGAAGGUGGGGACAGUGGCGGAUGGAGGAAUACAAGAGAUCGCAGGAGUGAAGGCUGAGGAGAGAGAGGAGGGGGAGGUGAGGGAGGGGGAUAUGGAGGAGGAAGAGGAGGAAGAAGAGGAAGAGGAGGGAAAGGAAGGAAAGGAGGGAGAAGGAGGUGAGGGGAACGAGAGAGGAGAGGGGAAGGGGGAGGAGGAGAGGGAGAGAAGGAAGGCUGGGGCGAGUAUGCGGAAGGAUAAUGAGGAGGAGGAAGCUGAUAGUGAUAGUGAUGAUAGUGAUGAUAGUGAUGGUAGUGAUGAUGGUAGUGAUAGCGAAUACAAGGUUGAGGAGGAGAAGGAUGAAGAUUCUGAUAGUGAUGGGGAUGGUGAUGGGGAUGGUGAUGUGGUUGAAGUGAAGAAAGAGAGGGUGGAGAGUGGGGAGAGAAUUGGUGCGGUGGGAGGCGGUGCGGUGGGAGGUGGUGUGGUGCGAUUUGGUGGAGUGAGAACAGAAGAGAGAGCAGGAGCAGGAUUUGGAGUUGGAAGGGAAGGGGAAAGGGGAGGAGCAUUAGUAGGGGUAUGGGGAGCGGAAGAAAGAGGGCUGGGGCGAGGGGUAGGGGGAGGGGGAGGGGGAGUGGGAAGAGGGGAAGGGGAUGAGAGAGGGACGGGGGCAGCCGAAUUGGGAACGAAAGGCUUUGAUUCUGGGUUUGCUGGUCGGAGCGAGCAAAGGGGUGGGUUUGGUGGUGGUGAGAACGAGCAGAACGGGGGGCUUGGGAACGAACACGAGCAAAGGGAUAAGUUUGAUGAGAACACUGGAGAGGCAGUGGCAGAAUGGUUGAUGGGCACUAUGGGGAUGCAAGAGAGGAAAGCGAGGAAGAUUGUAGAGAGGACAAGGAAGGAUGCGAGGAUGGGGGGGUGGGAGCUGGAGCGGUGGGUGGCAGAGGCUGUGGAUUUUGCUGCUGCUGCUGAGGUGCAUGAGAGGAUGGUGGAGGAAGAGGAGGAAGAGGAGGAGAGAGAGGGAGAGGAGCAGAAGCAGGAGGAGGAGGAAGAUGAGGAGGAGGAGGGGGGAGGUUAUGGUGAGGAUGAAGGAGGGAAGUACGGAGAAGGAUGGGGUCGCGUUGGUGGCGGUGUUGGCAGUGGUGUUGGUGGUGGUGUUGGCGGCGGUGGUUUCAGGGGUGGUGGUUUCGGAGUUGGUGGCUUAGGUGGUUCGGGCCUCACCCGUCCACCCACCACCUCAGCAGUCUCACGUGCUCCACCUCACUCCCCAGCACCCAGAGCAGCACCCUUUAGACCCAGCGAUCAGGCGGGGCCCAGCAGGGUUGGAUGCGGUGAUGAGCGGUGGGGGAACAACGCAGCCAGGGGUGGUGGUGAUGGGUGGGGUACCAAGGUUGGAUGCGGUGGUGAGCGGUGGGGGAAUAACACAGCUAGGGGUGGUGAUGAGGGGUGGGACAGCGGGGUUGGAUGCGGUGGUGAGCGGUGGGGGAACAAUACAGCCAGAGGUGGUGGUAUGGGGACGGUGGGGGCAGGGGGUUUUGGUAAGGGAGGGGUAGAGCGACAGCUGGCACGGAUGCUGACUCAGCGUGACAGCGUGGCAGGAGGUUUGAAGGAGGAGGGGUGGGAGGGAGGGAGUUGGGGAGGAUUGGGGGGAGGGAGAGGGUUCGGAGGAGGGGGGUUGAGAGGAGGGAGAGGAGGGGGAGUGAAGGGCGGGGCAGCAGCGGGUCAGAAGCGCAGGGCGAGUGGUGGAAGGGGCAAUGUGUCCAAGGCAAGUAACUCACAUUCUUGCGUUGUCGAAGCGGGUCAGAAGCGCAGGGCGAGUGGUGGACUGGGAAAUGCUUCCAAGGCAAGUGUGGCGAGUGGUGGACUGGGAAAUGCUUCCAAGGCAAGUGUGGCGAGUGGUGGACUGGGAAAUGCUUCCAAGGCAAGUGUGGCGAGUGGUGGACUGGGAAAUGCUUCCAAGGCAAGUGUGGCGAGUGGUGGACUGGGAAAUGCUUCCAAGGCAAGUGUGGCGAGUGGUGGACUGGGAAAUGCUUCCAAGGCAAGUGUGGAGAGUGGUGGACUGGGCAAUGCUUCCAAGGCAAGUAAGCGACCCCCCCUGCCUGCGCCCAGCCUCGUGCAUUCCUCUCGCGGCGUGCAAGCCAUCCACCCCACCCAUCCCGCGACCCCCGAAACGCCCGUCCGCUGCGACCCCACCAACUUCUAUCCCUCUCACUUGCUUCCUUCCUGCCCCCCUUUCCUCCCUUCCCCCCCUGCCUCCCCUGCCCCUCCUUUCCUUAUCCUCUUACAGAAGCGAAACCUUCCGCCCGCGCCCAACCUCAAGCGAAACCUUCCGCCUGCGCCCAACCUCGUGCACUCCUCUCGCGGCAUGCAAGCCAUCCACCCCACCCACCCGGCGACCCCCGAAACCCCUUUCCGCUGCAACCAUACCAACUUCUCGCGCAUGUGUGGCUUCGGCGGGAUUCCCCGCAUCAUGCCCUACCAGCGAAACCCUGCUGACUUGAAGCUCGCUCCCAGGAGUAUCAUGAUCUAUGUGGAGAAUAUCAGGGAUGCGGAGUGGGGUUACAUGUCAAACCAGCUGUUCUCUCUGCCGGUGGAGUUUGUUGACAGUGCCCACCUCGGCGUGUGCAGCAGGAAGAGAGGAGCCUUUCCUUUCAAGCUCUUUCCUUUCAAGCCCUGUUGGUACAUCCACAACUUACCCACACAAAGCCGGUGGCUGCCCGAGGAGGUUCGAAACUGCCCGAAAACGAUCUCCGAGGCGUUUCCCUGCUUGACGCAGUUUUGGCCGCGCUGGGACCCUCGGGAAAAGCUAAAUGUGAUUAACACGCAGGCGUUUGGAGUGGAUGUGAGGCUGCAGGAGUGGAACGAUAAGCUGCAGAUGCACGGUGCUUAUGGGCUUGCUCCGGAGACACAAACAGAGCUGCUGAAAUACAUCAGAAAGUACAAUCUGCUGUGGAUUGAGCGCAACCGCCUCGCUCCGCUGAAGGUGAAGCAGCUGGAGAUGCUGAUGGGAUACCCGGAGGGGCAUGUGAGCGUGGUCACCAACAACAAGACCAGCAGAUAUAAGAUGCUCGGAAACACCUUCCAUGUGCCCACCGUUGCUCUCCACCUCUCAGUCCUGCGUCGAAACACCUUCCACGUGCCCACCGUCGCUCUCCACCUCUCAGUCCUGCGCCGCCUCAACCGCCCUAUCCGGGUCCUCUCGCUCUUCUCAGGCAUCGGUGGCGCCCUAGUAGCGCUCCACAUGGUGAAAGUCCCUGUGAUCUGCGCCGUGAGUGUGGAGUUUGAGAAAAGCUGCCGCGAUGCCGAGGGGAGGUGGUGGAGGGAAACCGCAAUGGCGGAGGAGAGGGCUGGGAGGGAUGGGGUCAACCAGAUGCUGGGGGAGUUAUUGCAGCUGUAUCACAAUGUGAGCUGGGGGUCGGGGUCGGGCAAGGAGGUGAUAGACGCGUUCGUGCAGGCGCUGAGCAGCGACUCGGGCAGCCAGGGCAGCGCGGCGGACGCGAGUGUGAAGGGGUGGUGGGCCAUUAGUACCGCUUACUACCAGUCAGGCUCUGGCGGGAAGAAGAAUGUCAGUUCCAAGUGCCCCGACGCGUGCGGGGUAGAGAGCACGUCACCCAACGGGAAGCCGGGUAUUGACGCUACUAUCUCCACGCUCGCGCAUGAGCUCACCGAAGCUGCCACCGACCCUGAUGCAAAUGCGGGGUGGUUCGACGACGACGGCGAGGAGAAUGCGGACAAAUGCUCGUGGGAAUAUGGCACCACAAAGACUGGUUACCAGCAGAGCGGGCAGAGCUACAAGUACAAUGUGGUGGGGCUGAAUGGGAUGAAGUUCCUGGUGCAGCUUAACUGGGACCGCGUGAAGAGCAAGUGCGUCCUGCAGAGUGCCCUGCCUAGUGCUGGUGGUGGCGGGGGGGGGAACUCCCCCCCCCCCCUCCGCCAACUGGAGGCAGCGUGA